CCAAGUGAGGAGCUUAAGCUGAGCUAACUGGUGCCCCAGCUCCGUGCACGCCGGCUAUAAGAGGCCGCCCUCCCGUUCUCCCCACGCUGCCACGCACACACACAUCGUCUCGGCGACACACGCGACCGGCUGGCUUAGCUAGCGAGCGAGUGGCAUGAGCAGCGGCGCAGCUGGCUGGUGAGAGUGAGUGAGUGACCGAUCGAUCGAGCUUGCUGUGUGUGACGGAUGGAGGGCUCGUCGUCGGACGGCAGCAGGUACGGCGGCUCCGGGAGGUGCGCGCUGGUGGCGGAGCUGGUGCAGAUGCAAGGCAUGGUGAGGCAACUGGAGGCGGAGAUGGGCACGCAUGGAGGCGGCGGCGGUGGGGGUGGUGGGGCGGCGCCGAUGGCCGCCGGAGCGGACGAGCGGUGCCGCGCGCUGGUGUCCGGCCUGCUGUCGUCGAUCGACCGGUCUAUAAGCAUCGCGAGGUCGUGCUGCACGGAGGCCGCCGCCGCCGGGCGCCUGACCCAGCAGGCCGGCGCCGCGCCUGAGUCGCCGCCGUCCGCCGACGGUAGCGCCGGCUCGGACCUCGGCGCCGACUCCCGGUGCCGCGCCAAUGCGGCGGGGCCGUGCAAGAAGAGGAAGACGCUGCCCAAGUGGAGCAAGCAGGUGAAGGUGAGGUCCGUGCAGGACGUCGGCCCCCUCGACGACGGGUUCAGCUGGAGGAAGUACGGGCAGAAGGACAUCCUCGGCGCCAAGUACCCAAGAGCCUACUUCCGGUGCACGCACCGGCACACGCAGGGCUGCCACGCCAGCAAGCAGGUGCAGCGCGCGGACGGCGACCCGCUGCUCUUCGACGUCGUGUACCACGGCGACCACACCUGCGCGCAUGGCGUGCGCUCCGCCGCCGCCGCCAUCGACGGCCAGGCCGCGGCGAGCGCGGAGCAAAAGCAUCAGCCGACGCCGCCGCAGGAGCAGAACGCCGUCUCGGUCGCGUUCACCUCCAUGGCCGUCGUCAACGCAUCGACGUCGUCGCCCUUCGUGUCCCCGGCGAUGUCGGACUGCCAGAUUAGCUACGAGCUGGGCGGUGGCAGCAUGGCCGGAGUCCGCAACGUGCCCGACGUGGAGCUUGCCUCCAAGACGAACUCCUCCAUGGGAGACGACAUGGAGUUCAUGUUCUCGCUGGACUCCGAUUUCUUGGACACCUACAAGUACUCCAGCUAUUUCUAAGCGAACCCCGUAGUAGCGCCGCCGCCGCCGCAUGACACGUAGGCACGUAGCUUCGAGCCUUGUACAAUUUUCCUACACGUUGCCAGCCAGCUUGCCACAUUAGCUAGGGCAAGCACCACGUACUAGUUAGUAUACUACGUCACAUCUUAAACCUUCGCCGUUUUUGUCUCAGCUUCUUCUUGCAGACUGAUGCAGAUGCAGCUUGUUUAUCCUCUUUGAUCCGAACGUCCUACCAAAUCAUGUAUUUUUUUUCGACGGUCUAAGGCAAGUUUAAUUUACAACACAAAUUUGUCUUG